GUCAUUUUUGAACAUUUUAACCUCGAUUACAUUUUAAUUUGACAGUCCACGUUAGACAUUCUACUAAGUAACUUUGCAACUAAGUUACGUGUCAACUAAUUUUCCUUCUUUUACAACUACAUGUCUACUAACUCGGAGCAGACUUUUAGGUUAGGUUUUAGGGUUAGUAGAAUAAGUUGUUACAAAGUUUUUGUUAGUAUGUGGUAGACCUAUCAAAAUUACUCUUAGUAGCCUAUAUUACAAUGUGGAAGAUCAAUACUUUAAAGCCCUGUCCUAAUGAUUAAUGUCAGACAGCAGAUCUUCAGCCCUGCUCCUGGACAUCUACCCUUCUGCACACUUUAGUUCCAACCCUGCUCCAACAUACUUGUCUAUAAAUACAAAGUAGCUCUAAGGACCUUAAUAAGCUGGUUCAGGUUGGUUCAGGUGUGUUUGAGUCUCCUGAUCCAGGGUGUCCCAUUUGUCCCUUUUGCCCCCUUUUGCAGCUUCAAUGCACUUUUUUGAGCUACUUCACAGCCUACUCAACAUUCAAAAAAUUCUAAUAAAUUCAUGAAUAUGUGGACUUGGAGGUAGACUGCAAGGGCUUACUGUGCUAUUCUGACCAUAUCUUUUUUCCCAAGAUGAUUCUUCCAACUUUUGGCCAGCUGUUGGCUAAAGUGAGAAAGCUGAGGACCCACCUGCUGUUUCCUCUGUUAGGUUCUUCAUACUUCACUACAGCUAAGCUAUCAAAUCAAAUCUCUAAACCUCACGAGAGAAACAUUCUCCUGAUGGGUCCUCCUGGAGCCGGGAAAACCUGCGUUGGACAGAUUGUGGGACAGAGACUAGGGAUGCCUGUUAUUGAUAUAGAUGACGAUGUUCUCGAAAGGGCAUGGGGUAUGAGUGUAGCAGACAAGCUUUCUGAGAUCGGUGGAGAUGGUUUCAUCGAAGAAGAAGGUAAAGCGGUAUGUAACUUCACUGCUACUGGAAGUGUUAUCUCAUUAACGGGCUCCAAUCCACUGCAUCCAGAUGCCAUGCAGCAUUUAAAGCGAUCUGGACUGGUCUUGUAUCUGGAUGUGGACGCAGAAGAUAUCAUGCAGAGACUCUCUCGAAUGAAGGUGAAUAGGAUUGUGGGUCAGGAUGCAGGUGUUUCUAUGAGAGAGAUAUUACAGUACAGGAAAAAGUUUUAUGAGAGAUGGCUGGAUGCGCGAGUUCUUUGUGGGACGGGAGACUCUGUGGAGGACGUGGCUGAUAAAGUCUUGAGGACUCUGGGUAGAUAUGAGGAUUCGGAAUCGGAGAUGUUCAUUUCAACAAGGAGCCAAAUGUCAAGUGACCCCAAGUUCUUUAGUGAUGUUGUUAUAGAGGGUCUUGCACCAGAUGGAGGGCUUUACGUACCAAAGAAAGGAUUCCCCAAACUGGAACCUUCUGAAUGGCUGAGAAUAUCCAGCAUGCCAUAUGCAAUGAGAGCUGUGGUCAUAUUGGAAAACUGUAUCCAUCCUGUGGAUGUGUCCCCUGUAGAAUUGAGCACAAUGGUGCAUCAUGCUUAUGGCCAGAACUUCGCCAAUCGAUCGGUUGUACCUCUAAAGCACCUCACUGAUCAUCAGUACAUUCUAGAACUCUUUCACGGCCCCACUGCUUCUUUUAAGGACUUGGCACUGCAGCUAAUGCCUCAGCUGUUUACCCACUGCCUUCCACAGAUGUGCAACUACCUGAUUCUAGCGGCCACAUCUGGAGAUACAGGAAGCGCUGUGCUAAACGGCUUCCGGAAUCUUAAAAACAGUGACCGUGGGAGGAUUGGCGUGCUUGUGUUCUUCCCUGAGAAAGGAGUGAGUGAGAUUCAGAAGCUACAAAUGACAGGAUUUCAGGAGGGCAAUGCCAAGUCCGUUAGUGUCCUGUCCGACUUUGACUUCUGCCAAAGGAGCAUCAAACAAAUGUUUGGGGACUCAAGCUUGAUCGGACAUUUAGCUGUGGAAUAUGCUACGGUUCUAAGCACCGCUAAUUCAAUAAACUGGGCUCGACUGCUUCCUCAGGUGGUGUACCACUGCUCAGCAUACUUGGACCUGCUUAGAAAUCGCACGUUGAUGUUUGGAGACCCCAUUGACGUGUGCAUCCCUACUGGGAACUUUGGCAACGCCAUGUCAGCCCUGUAUGCCAAACAAAUGGGAAUCCCCAUACGGAAGGUGAUUUGUGCGUCCAAUCAUAACUGCAUUAUAUCUGACUUCAUCGCUAGUGGAAUGUAUGAUCUCCGCAACAGGAAGCUGCUAGUUUCAAACUCUCCCGCCAUUGAUAUUCUGAAAUCCUCUAACCUUGAGAGGUUCAUCCAUCACGCAUCCCGCGGGGAUGGGAGUCUGGUCAGAGAUCUGUUUCUGAAUCUAGAAAGAGAUCGUUUUUUCAAAAUAUCAGAGACUUUACGUCAGAAGAUAAAUCUGGAGGUUCAAGCUGGAUGGUGCUCAGAAGAUGAUUGUUUGAGAGCCAUACAUGAGGUGCACGCAGCAACAGGCUACAUAAUGGACACUCACACAGCGGUUGGUAAAGUAGUCGCCGAUCGUAUACAUGACAAAACCUGCCCGCUUGUUAUAUGCUCCACUGCACACCAUGGGAAGUUCGCCCCCGCUGUCUUAAAAGCCCUUCAGUGUCAAAAUAUCCCACAAGACCCUGUUGAGCAAUUAGAAAAACUCUAUACCAUUGGAGGCCGAGAGCAGAUGCAUGGUGCUCUCAUGAAGAGCAUGAGAGACAGUGGAGAUCAUCCACAUGUAGUAUGUGAGGCUGACUUUAGCAAGCUUGUAGAUGAAGUAGAAACUGUGAUACAAGACUCAUUUUUGAGAGUGCAGUGACCGGAAAUACCCGCAAAUCUCCUCUAGAUGGCGACGUCUGUCAAGAAACCCCUAAAUAUAACGAAUCGCAUUUUGUCGAUAUGAGCAUUAGGUGGCAGUAAUGUAAUGGAUAUAUCUUUAGUUUCAAUCCACUUCAUGUUACUUAAGUUCAGCUUACAUUUGACUUUUUUCCCAAUCUCUCAAGUGAUUUAUCACAAAAUGUUUUUAUUUUGUAGUGAUUAUAAAUUAUUAACGGUAGGCUGUUACAAUAAAAAUAAUUUAUAAAGUGAAAUAUUACUUGUUGGAAUAAUUAUGUAAAGUAUCAUUAAUAAAAAUGUAUUGAUAAUUGCUCUUACAUUAUGUAGUAUUGUUGUUGUUGCUAAGUAUAGCUUAUUUAAAGGCUUAAAUGAUAAUAAUAAAAAAACAAGGAAAUAAAGUUUUUCUCUCUUACAGGUACAUAUAUUUAAGUAAAAAUUCAGUUUACUCACCUUCAUGCUGUUAUUUAAAAUAUAUGACAUUUCCUGUCAACCGCAAAUUUUAAAAUGCCUUUUUUUCUUCAGUAAAA